AUUAAGCAAACACAGACACCUGUCUUCAAUCUACAAAAAUAUGGUUUCGUGGAACAUUUGAUAUAGGCUAUAUGUUCAAGGUCAGACCAGAGAGAAGGGGGAAACGAAAUGGCAAAUGCUGAAUCAGCAGCUCUACAUGAAGAUGGGAGCCCUACAGCUAAACACUCCUCUGAGUUAGCCAUGCAUCACUGCAAUUCAUCAGGCACUGCGCCACUCAGCCCAUUUUCCAAUGACAGUCAAUGGGAAGGACAGCCGACGUCUCCAUCACUUGCCGAUCCUGAAAACGUCACGUCAGAGAGACCGAUCCUGAGCGGCCCCAUAGCUGCGAUGCUCUCGAUGACCCUGGGGAUCCUGUCUAACAUUGUGGCUUUUCUCAUUCUGGCGAACGCAUAUGCUCGACUACGUCGACGAUCCAAAGCAUUUCUCCUGUUUGCUAGCUCUCUGGUGGCCACAGACUUUGUGGGACAUGUAAUACCUGGCUCAAUAGUCAUGAGGCUGUAUCUUUCUGGAGGUGUCCCCUCUGAAGAAUACAACCGGGCGGACCCAUUAUGCCAGUUUCUAGGAGGCAGUAUGGUGUUUUUCGGACUAUGUCCGCUCUUUCUUGGUUGUGCCAUGGCAGCUGAGAGGUGCUUAGGGGUGACAAAGCCACUGCUCCAUGCUUCGCUGGUUACAACCACAAGGACUAAGCUCUCUCUUUCUGUUAUCUGGUUAGCAGCUCUUUGUGUUGCCCUUCUGCCCUGCUUUCAGCUGGGUUCAUAUACCUACCAGUAUCCUGGAACCUGGUGUUUCAUUAAAGUGCUGGAGGACACAGAGAAGGCAGAUGUAGCUUUUGUUAUGCUGUUCUCAGGACUGGGGUUGACAUCUCUUGCUGCUGCUUUGGUGUGUAACACCAUAAGUGGACUGACGCUGGUGUUAGCGAGGAUACGAAAGAAACCCUGUAACCAUCGAUCAGCUAGAUCCCAUGAUAUUGAGAUGGUGGUGCAACUUGUGGGCAUAAUGGUCACAUCUUGUAUCUGCUGGAGCCCUCUUCUGAUUGUUGGCCUAAUUACAGUGAAACAGUCGUACGAGGGCUCUAUUGGAGACGACCUUGUCACCUAUAAGACCCUAAUGAUAAUGGGGGUGCGGAUAGCGUCCUGGAACCAGAUACUGGACCCAUGGGUCUACAUUCUUCUUCGUCGUUCUGUCCUCCAAAAGAUUUACUUCAUCACUAAACGGCAAACAGACUUUAAGGAAAGCACUUUUCGCUGCUGGGAGAUCCAUUCCUUUCCCAGCUCUGAGAAGAAUCCUGUCAGUAGAGUCUGAGUGAAUGUAAAUAAAAACAGAAGGCCUACUCCGUGUCAGUCAGCUCUACCAUAGAGGAUCUCACUGGGCCCCUUUAUUACAGCAUGUGCUGCACUCUCUAUGUUAAGAAUGUAUUUAUUUAAACAAAUUUGCACAAAGACAAAUAAAGCAUGAGAUGAACAGUCCUAUUAUUCCCUAUAAAGCACUAAUAAUAAGAAUUUGGCUGGAAACAUUCAUGCCAGUGUAACAGAGAACAGCAAAUACAUAGAAAUAGAAAAUACAUUUGAGUUAGUAAUUGAAGCAUUAAUUCAGCCAGUGUUGUAGCUUUUGGUCUAGGACAAUGUUCUGUGUCUAGUUGUUCCCCAUGAUGACAGCCCUGGGCAUGAAAACCAACAUGACAGCGACAAGAGGCACAAAAUAUUUGAAUGCUUGUUUUACUGAAAACAAAUGUUCACCUAAUCGAAAAUUUUGUACAGCAUGAUCAUCAACAAUAUAUUAACUGUGAACAUGAUUUU